AUGUCUCCUCCGCCGCGGUUUUGCAGAAUUCUGCGACCGGUGAACAUACUCCGACCGAUGGAGAGCGAGGAGUCUGUACUGGCAGCAUCUUCUUCUGAGAUCCAAGAGGAUACUGCAACAACGGCUGUCGCUUCAACAUCCGGAACAAAGAAGAAUUCUACUGUGCCAAACGAUACUGUCAAUACUACACCGUCUACAAAGAACGUAGACCAGGAGGAGGAUCUGCCAGCUUCGCCACGCUCAACCGCGGAAGAGUCCACCAUUCCGAAUGUUACCAUCAACGUAACUCCCGCCGGCGAGACUACAGGCGCGGAUCAGAACACUACAACAGAGGAUCUGUCGGCAAGUGGUGCGCAUGAAGACUUUGCUGCUGUUGGAAAUAAUAAUCUCAGCGGUGCCCCUGUCUCUGAGAUCUCGGGUCACAGCAUGAAGCCACUCCCCACAUUCCUCCCACCAGCAAAACACCCCCUACUGAUACCACAACGAGAGAAGAUGUCGCUGCUCCUGCUACUUACUCUGAAACCCGUACCAAUGACGAGAUGGAGUUUGAGUCAACCUCAUCCACCAAGCCACCAAAUCUGCACGCAUCUCAACAGCAAGGACAUGUCUGUGUCCUCUUCUAUUUUAGAGACUUCCAAAACGCAAGUCGACGACUCCUCCGAACCAGAAGUUGAAUAA